AUGGCGUCGAGUGCUGAUCCAGCACACAUUCGGAGAAGGAAAAGUAUGACCCCACCUCCCAGAAUGACUGAGCUGAGGAUGGUUCUGCUGGGGAAGAACAGCUCAGAAAACAUCAGAGUGGGUAACUUCAUCCUGGGCAUAGAGGCAUUUGAUACCAAAGACCCACCUUCUUCAGUAAAGCAGCACAGUAAAAGCGCUGAAGGCAUUGUGGAGGGAAGACGCAUCACCCUCAUUAACACACUUCACCUGUUUGACCCUGAACUCUCAGAGCUUCAAAUGACAGAGCAGGUUAAAGAGUGCAUACGUCUGUGUUCUCCUGGACCUCAUGUUUUAAUUCUGGUUCUGCAGCCAGGCGACUUCUUAGAAAAAGACAGAUCACGUGUGAACAGUAUCUUACACUCUCUGUCCGAUGAGGCAUAUAAAUACACCCUGAUUCUUAAGACGGAAAACAAAGAAACUGCAAGAUUUGAUCCUGUUCAGGAAAACAUAUUAAAGGAAAUGACUGCAAAAUGCAGUAACAGGCAUUUAGAGCUGAGUGCGAGUACUUGUGCUGCUGUUGUGGAGAUGUCAGAGAAAAUAGUAAAGGAAAAUGGAGGGAAACACCUAAUCUAUGAGGUAUUUGAAGAUUCCCUGCCUGAAAUAGGACAAAAAAACAGAAUAGGACAAGAAUGUGGACAAACAACAGACCCAUCUAAAUUUUUCACAACUUCAAAAACACCAAUUGUGGGAGAAACAUGUUCUCAAAAGACAGAAGAAAUAUCGAAACUGGAAGGACUUAUACGCAGACUGAACCUUAGCGACAGGUAUCAUAGACAACUAACAGUAUCUGAGUUUAUUCAAAUAACGAAAUCUUCACCAAACUGCCCUGAUUCUGAGAUCAAUGUGAUAGAAGCCUUUCUGACACAGCUACUGAUGAUGGAUUACAGAGCAAGAUACUGCAUUACAAGAAAAAACAUUGAGCUAAAUCUCGAAGAAAAAGGCGACUCAUUAGUAGACAAUGAGAGGGACAAAGAAAACAACUUUGAUGUCCAUCCCAUGGAUGUUCAGAUGGCAGCAUUUUACUUCUCAGAAAAUUUCCUAAAGCAGCUGAUAGUGUCUAAACUUUCACAGUGUCAAUAUGCUCUUCCUCUACUGGUGCCAAAUCCCUUAACAGGAGAAAUCGAGUUUCCACUUUGGACACUUCGUCAAAUCAAGAAGAGUUGGAAAACAAAAAAUGCAGAAAGUAAAGAACAAAUUAUCACUACAGCAGACGUUCCAAUGGUGGCAUUCUUCAGGUUUGACUCUGUGUCAGCAUCAAAAUCUCAGAUGAUGAACAGGCUGAUCAAUGAAAAGCAUGAGACGUUCUUUCACAGGGACUGUCCAGGCAGCAGCAAAAAGCGUCUAUUGAUGGAUGGAGUGGUGGAGAUCUCCUGGUACCUACCAUCUGGGAAAAGCACUGAUCAUUUUUCAGACUGUGUAGCAUUCUGUAAUCUACAUGGGAAUGCUGGAGGUCAUGAAAAUCAGUAUGAGAUUGUGACCAGGAUGUCUUCUGUAAACGUGGUUCUUAUGACUGAUUUUGGUCAGAAGAACCAAUACAAGGGUUUAGUACGAAGGCUGUUCAGAUCCCCCACGCCUCUACUUUGUCUUCUGACAGAUGAUGACAGUGUUGGGGCUGAGAUAGGGGAAGGAAAAUAUGUCAUUGGGCUAAAGGACCGGAGCCAAUAUGAUAUAUGUCAAGAACUAAAAAAGACCAUCAAAUCGUAUCUGUCAAAGCAGUCCAACACCUUUAGACUAGAGAAUGUGGCCAAACAUUCAGGUAUAAAGUCGGAUGAAGAUAAUGGAAUGAUCAAGACUGGGAAGGAAACUGCCCAACAUAUCAUGUCUGUGCUGGAGCAUUCAGAUCUAUAUUCAGUCAAAGAAAAAUACCUGCCAUUCCAAGGAAAACUGUGGUAUGACUGGUGUCAGAAAAACAAAGAACUACAUCGACCUCAUGGAAAGAACAUAGAAAUGUACAGUAUUGAAAAAAAACAAGAAAUGAGUCAAAUCCGUGAUCUGCAGAGGAAACAUGGUCUAAGUGAACUUAUGAAGGUCUUUAUUGAUGGGACAAAUCCCAAAGUCCCGGAGCAGAAACUGUAUCUCAUGAAAUGGAUUGAGAUCCUUCUUAACAAGUUAACCACAGAUGCUCUAUACUCUUUGCAUCAAAAGUAUCAUGAAGAGUGGUCAAAAAUGUUGGAAUUGAAGAAGACUCAUGAUACAUCCCAGCAACAUGAAACUGAACAUGUACUUCUAACAAUUUCUGAUCAGCUGAAUAAUGCAUCUUUUGGCCUAGAACACAUUUUGAGGGAGAUGGGUCAGAUAUUUGAAUCGUGGCAGUCUGCUGAAACAAGAAAAACUGAAAUCACAGAAGAAUUAAGCAUUUAUUCCUUGCCUGCUGUAGCUGCAGAGCUCAUGAUAUCUGGUUACCCGCUUGAGCUGUUGGAUGGUGAUGUUUCCCAUGUUCCUCUGAUCUGGGUUUCUGCAGUUUUAGAUGAACUAAUUAAGAAACUGGGGAACCAGAGAGUCUAUGUGCUGUCAGUUUUGGGGAUUCAGAGCUCUGGCAAGUCCACCAUGCUCAAUGCCAUGUUUGGACUGCAGUUUGCAGUCAGUGCUGGAAGGUGCACCAGAGGAGCUUUUAUGCAGCUUGUCAGAGUGUCAGAGAAAAUGAAAGGAGAACUGAAGUUUGACUACAUUCUGGUUGUUGAUACUGAAGGUCUCAGAGCUUUAGAGCUGCCUGCAAUAUCAACAAGACAUCAUGAUAAUGAACUGGCAACAUUUGUUGUUGGGCUAGGAAACAUGACUUUGAUCAACAUUUUUGGAGAGAACCCUGCUGAGAUGCAGGACAUCCUUCAGAUUGUAGUUCAGGCCUUUCUGAGGAUGAAGAAGGUCAGACUGAAUCCCAGCUGUAUGUUUGUGCAUCAGAAUGUUCCAGAUAUUACAGCUGAACAAAAAAAUAUGGAGGGAAGAAGACAUUUACAAGAAAAACUGGAUGAAAUGACUAAGUUAGCCGCUCAGGAAGAAUCCUGUGUUGCAGAGUGCUUCAAUGAUGUCAUUGCAUUUGAUAUAAAAAAAGAUGUGAGGUAUUUUGCACAGCUCUGGGAGGGAACCCCACCCAUGGCUCCUCAAAAUACAGCAUACAGUGAAAAUGUUGAGGAGCUUAGGAACGCCAUACUGGACCAUGCCUCACAAUGUGACACCUUAACUUUGACACAGUUUAAAGCCCUUAUUAAAGACCUCUGGGAUGCACUGCUUUAUGAAAAUUUUGUUUUCAGCUUCAGAAACACACUGGAGAUCACAGAGUACAGGAAACUGGAGGAGAAGUAUGGCACAUGGACCUGGAGUCUGCGCAGUGCCAUGCUGAGGACUCAAGACAAAUUGUACACCAACAUCAAAAACAAUCAACUACACAAGAUUGAGUACAAUGAUCUGGUGGAAGAAAUGAAAGACACACAUAAUGUGGUAAAAGAAUCAAUGAAAUCUUACUUUGAAGAACAUCAAGAAGGGAGGGACCUGCUACAUCAAUGGAGAGGAACAUUUGAAAAAAAGGUUAAUAACCUGUAUGAGGAACUUGUGAAACAAGCACAAAUGGAGCUAAAUGAAAUUAUUUCCCAAAAGAAGACUUGUGAAAAACUAGAUGAACAAAAAUCACAGUAUGAGACAAAACUAUUUGAGAAGAGCAAAGAGCUUGCUUUGUCCCUCAUUGAUAACAGUGAUGAGAGACAAAGGACAAGGCAGUUUGAUUCAUUGUGGGAAAAUUGUGUCUCUGAGUUGACUGCCAACAUUCCACCAAUGAAACAAAUUGAGAUAGAAAAAGAUGUCAUUCAAAUUCUGUCUGAAAUUGAUGAGGAGGCACUUGUAUGUGGCAGAAAGCAGAAUGGAGAGUAUGGUGAAAUAAACAUAUUAGGUGAUUAUACCAAGUAUGUAAAAUUAAAGAAAAAUGUGUGGAAGAAGAAAAAAACAUGUUUACUACAUGAAGAUCAAGACUCAAUAAGAAAUCUGAUACUAACUGUCAUCAAACAAACAAAAGAUCUGGUUAAAUCGAAAUCAGUUGCACAGAAGGGCUACAACCCAGGUCACAUUCAAGAGAUUGUUCGUCUUGUAAAAAAGGCUGUGACAAAACACAAGUCACCGAAAUAUGAGUUCACUAAAGAGUUCUCACUGGAUCUCUCACUGUAUGUGUGUGAAAAUGCUAAAAUGACAUUUGAAGACCUGCACAAGAAAUUCAGCAGUGACAGUGACCCAUUGGUUUACAUCAGAAAAAAGAAACCUGAAUACUACAAUGUUUUUCAAAAAUUCUGUCAAGGUGCAACCUCUGUGGUAGCAUUAGGUGGAUUACUUUGCAGUAAACUUGGAGAAUCCAUUGAACAAAGUGUCUACAGUCAGGCAGCCAAUGAGCUGGCAGAACAAAUGAGGUCGGACCUCCCAGCGUUUAACGGAAACAGGUCGAACAUGGAGAAACACAUUCUGAAAACACUGGCAGAAGAGGAGGACUUUGAAAAGUUUAAGACCUACAUAUUAAAUCCUCAAGGACACUGUGAGAGCUUUAUUAAAGAUACAGUUGGAAAUUACAUGGAAAAAGAAAAUUCCAAAGCAGUAGCUUUAAUUAGGGGAUUUGUUAAAUGCAAGCAACAAUGUGUGAUCACUGCAGCACAAAUUGCAACAGAUGAGGUGAUAAAGGAAAAGGGAAAUGCAAAUAUGUGGUUGGAACAAUUUUCACAUAGUCUCAGAAAUGAGCUUGAAUUGAACACAGAACAUCUCAGUGACAAAAACUGUAAUGAUAUUACUGAUUUUCAGCUACUCACAGACAUUGUAAAGGAGGAAAUUCAGCUUAUCGCAGAAAAGCUGAAAAAUAAUUUAAACAGUGUCUCAGAUCUCAAACUGGAGAAGUUUAGGAAGAAGCCUGACGAGAUACUGAUUGAGCAUUUCUGUCAGUGCUGCUGGGUACAGUGUUCUUUCUGUAAAGCCAUCUGCACCAACACACUAAAAGAUCAUGAUGGAGACCACAGUGUUCCUUUUCAUCGUUACUGUGCAAUAAAUGGAGUGCAUUACAGAGAAACAGAAAACUUCAGUCUCGGUAUUUGCACAUCAAGAGUAGCAAGUGAUAAAGUUUUUUGGGUUGACGAUAAGAAAUUUUUUUGGAGAGAAUACAGAACAGCAGGAGGAGAGCAUGCAAAGUGGAGCAUCACACCUGAUCUUUCUGAGCUGCCAUACUGGAAAUGGUUCGUGUGCCGAUUCGAGAAGAAUCUGGAGACCCAUUACAAGAAAACUUUUCAGGGAGAUGGUCAGAUUCCUGAUGAAUGGAGAAAGUACACAAAGAUCGAUGCAAUCAAAAGUUUGGAAAAAUAUUUUUAA